AUGGAUAGCACCAUACAACAUACCUUGAUCACAAUCGGAGGCGUGAACUACGAUAUCGAUGUUUCUCAGAUACUAUAUUUAUCGUCUUUCGUCGACUUUCAAGGCAAAGCUCAGCCACAAGGAACGAAAUUAGUCCACGGCCCCAUCCCUCUGAUUGACGUAGCUCUCAAGGGAAUCCAAUCAGGCUAUCGCCAAUGUUUCAGAGCUCUCCCUCCCGAUCUUUCUCAACAUCAUAUACUAUGCGAAACGUACGAUUUUCUGGGUAUCGAUAUCCUCGGAGAGCAAUACGUUGAUCAGAUAUUCGCCGACCUCAAAGCCUGCAAGACCGACUACGAACUUGAGUACAAACGUUACUUGGCUAUCAAAGGGAACAAAUCAAAAGCACGAGAUGCUGCGUUCAAAUUGCUGUACUUGAUAUUGAUGGGGGAGUUCAGGGAUGAGAAUAAGGACUCUAUGAAAGUGUUCAACGCAGUCUUGUUCAUCGUCUCUCACUCUGCGACGUUCAAAUGGAAGACGAGAACCAUGAUUCGGGCUGCAUACCAGGAGCGUUUCGUUGUCACCUUGAAGCAGAUAGCAAGGCUAGAUGAGUGGCUCAAAGGGGAUACUGCGGACGAUGUUGAUGGAGAUAACACAACUACAGAUGAGUCCUCAGACGAGAACUAUAAUUCUGAUUACUCAUAA